UCGCUUAAAGUUGCUGAAUUGAAUUCUAGUCUUUCAGUUAAUUCGAAUUGAAUGAUUGUAUGUCCAAAGUGUGCUUUGGAUUAACCUCUACGACAGGUUUACUGGAAUGAAUUUAUCAUGUCUAAGAAUUCGACCAUUUUGUCGGCAUAUGAGAAAGUCGUCGUGAUCAUCGUAAAUGGAAAGUUGAAUCUUAUUGUCAAAAAAUGUGUAUUAAUCACUUUUGAGAUUGAUGAUUAUUUCCUCUUUCGAAUUCUACGUAUGGUUCACGUGGCUGACGUGACUGGCGUGUCUGACGUGGUUCAUGUUCCGGAUGGAAAAUCGAUUUAUGGGAAUGAAGUCUCACAUUUUUCCUACUUCAGGGUUUCGCCUGUUAUACUGAUGAACAACAUGCGUGACUUCUAUGACAAUUGA